UAUUUUUCACAAAAGCGAAUCAUGUUAUUGUCUUUUCUCAAAUGCCCCAUCCCCUCAAUUUAAAUCUGCAGUGUUCUAUUUCUCUCUGAUCCAAACACUUAUUCUUGUCUCUCACAAUUAAUGCCCAAUUCCUUAUCCUUUUGCCCUGACCAGCAAUUCAUUCAACAUUAUAACUUGUUCAAGUUCAUUUCUACUUUUAGCAACCACACUACAACCUAAAUGGUUCAAAACAUGUCAAAACAACUAGGAGAAUUCCUACAAGAAAAACAACAACCUUUUACCUUAGAGCUUUACCUUCUUGAAAGAGGCCACACCCUUAGCUCAAAUGGCGAUUUUCGCUGCUGUUCUGUAAAUUCUACCACUAAAUUCUUGAAGAAAUCAGCCAUUUGUGGUACAAAGAAGAAAAGAAAAGUUAUUCCUAAUUGUUUUAAGAUUGUGAAAUCUGUGUUGAAUAAGCUUGUUAACAACCAAAAAAUCAAGAAUUUGACAAGUGAACAACACAAUAAUGCUACAAUCAAGAAUGGCCAAGGCAAUAAUACUAAUGCAGAUAACGACAACUUUUCUUCAGCAAGCAACACUAGUGUAUUCAAUUCUUGUGAUGUAGAAGAAGCACAUAAUUUAUCACCACAAGCUGCAGAUGCCAACUUUCUGAUCACUGAAAAACAGGUUUGUGAAGACAGAAAGCUAAGACUGGAUUUUCUUGAAGAAAGUAAGCAACUCAGUCCUGUGUCAGUACUAGAAGAAACUGAAUCUUCUGAUGACGAAUCCCCACAUCUUAAAAAACAAGAAUGUCUCAAGCCAAAGAAAUUACAAGAGGAAUUUUCAACCCAAUCAGUUACUAGUUCAGGGGAAACAAGCCCUGAGUCUCAGUACAUUAAUAACAAGAAAGCAAUACAAAAAUCAAGACAGCUCCUUUUUGACUGUGUGAAGGAAGUGGUGGAAAAUCAGAAGAGGAAAGAUCCUCAAGAAGAAGAAGGAUUUCAAAGAAUAUUAGGAGCUGAGCAACUUUGGGAGCUUCUAUUGGAGAAUAUAAGGUUAUGGAGUCAAGACUCUAUAAAUGAAACUAAUAUUAAAAACUUAAUGCAUUUUGAUCUGUUGAAUUCUUUUGAACAGUCAAGUGGACUUGAGGAGAAAAGGGAAAUAGGUAAGGUCAUUGGUGAUUUAAUUUUUGAUGAAAUUGUAAUAGACAUGUUCAAUUAUUUUACUUCAAGAUAAAUUUGAAGAGUUUAGAAAAAAAAGUUAUAAUCA